GGAAAAACAGUUUUCCUUACCUUAGGGACGCGCGUGCACACCGAAGGGGCUACUGUAGAGCCGAUUUUCGAUGUUUAUGAGGUCCUACUAAAAUUGUGUUGAAGAUGCCCACUGACAAGGCUCAAGAAUCUCCCAGGAGUCUGCAGCACUUAUCUUUUAAAAUGACAGAUAAAUCCAGAUCUAAAGUGCAGGCCCCCCGAAAUCCAAAACUGGUUAAGCGGGAUGGAAGGAAAGUAAAGUUAAAUCCUUCUACUUUUAUGCAAGAAAUGGCCCAGACGACAGAACAGAGGUUAGCAAAUACUCAUGAGAUGUAUCCACCGCCAAUCCUUGAGCUUUUUGAUAUGAGUGAAACUACUCAUCAGAAGUUUUCCAUGGUGGAUGUAGACCAACCCUUAUUCCAGCCAUUCCCAUCUGAGAUCUGGUUUCAGAAUUAUGCACCAUGUGAAACAUAUGACUUCCCCUUAGCUUUAAGGAACAAUGAUAAGAUUCCACGGCUUGUUAAAGUCAUCCAGGAGGAUUCUCCCUACUUCAAAGUUGUCAGCCCACUGGAUGUGUGUAACAAAGUGGCUCCAGGAAUGGCAUCGAUUUUCCACAUUUUAUUUACUCCAGAAGAGAACAAGGAUUAUACCCAACAGCUAUUAUGCAUCACUGAACGAGAAAAAUUUGUGAUACCAGUAAAGGCCAUAGGAGCCCGUGCCAUCUUGGACUUUCCCGAUCAGCUUAACUUUUCUAACUGUCCUGUGAAGUGCUCUUGUCAGAAAACACUUCUUGUGCGCAACAUUGGAAACCGUGAGGCCAGGUUCACCUUAAGCACACAAAGUCCUUUCUCAGUGGACCCUGUCAUGGCAACUCUUGGAAUUGGGGACAGUAUGCAGGUGACAGUGGAGUUUCUUCCUAAAUGGAAUGGUGAUCACAGUGAAGAUCUCAUUUUGCACUAUGACACAGGUGAAGAUAUUUAUAUCUCUUUGUACGGCGCAGCAUCAGAUGUAAAUGUUCGGUUGAAUAAAAGCUCUGUCAUAAUCGAGAAGACAUACGUGUCCUUGACUAAUCAGAGAUCACUGACCAUUUGCAACAGGAGUGAUAUAAUAGUUCACUACAAAUGGAAGUCUCUGGCCACACAAGAAGAAGAGGAUGAAGAAAAAACAAGGUUAACUUCAGAUCUACAGAGGCAGGAGGAGACUGAAAUGGACCGCUUCCUAGAAGAGUGCAACGCAGACCCCACCCUACGAGAGAGGAUAUCUGUCCUUUCUAGGACUUUCCAGAAUCAGUUACGAAAACUGCAGGAAAAGCAAAUGAUCUUCACUGAUGAUGUUUUCUCAAUGGAACCUGUGGAGGGUGAGAUAUGGCCAAAUUCUACUGCUGAAGUGAAUAUUCUCUUCAAGCCUAAAGAAGCAAAAUUGUAUCAGCAAAAUGUGUACUGUGACAUUACAGGUCGAGAAACACGUCUAUCUCUCCGAAUUAAAGGGGAAGGCAUUGGUCCUAAACUUGUUUCCAGCUUUGAUAAAUUGGAUAUGGGAAACAUUUUUAUUGGCUCCAAGCACAGCUAUGAGGUACUUCUUGCUAACAAAGGGGACAUUGAUGCAAUUUUCACCUUGGUACCUCCAGUCUCUGCCUUAGGGGCCUGCUUCACCUUCAACCCUAGUGAAGGGAUUGUCCUUCCCGGUGGCUUUCAGGCCAUCCAUGUUAAGUUCUCCUCAGGUAUUCUCGGGGACUUCCAGGAGGAUUUUCAGUUCUCUGUAGACAGCAGUCCACAGAACAUAUCCAUCACUUUCAGGGGAUGUGUCAUCGGCCCCACAUUUCAUUUUAAUAUACCUGCUUUGAAUUUUGGGGAUGUGCCCUAUGGUUUUCCUCAGACCUUAAAUUGCUGCCUGAAUAACACAUCUUUAGUACCCAUCAUGUUUAGCUUGCGCAUCUCAGGUGAUGGCUCUGCAGAUGCAAGCAUGACGAGCACAACUCAGGUUGCAGACAUGAGCCGAACCAGUUGGAGAAGCAACUCCCAGGCUUUAAAUUUAAGAGAGUUCACUGUCACCCCAAGCAGAGGAACCAUUCGAUCACUAAGCCUGAUGGAUGUGGAGGUGACUCUUUGUUCCAACACUGUUAAACAGUAUGAGGUGGCAUUAGUGGUAGAUAUUGAAGGUGUUGGGGAGGAAGUUCUGGCUCUUCCCAUUCUUGCCAGGUGUGUUAUCCCUCCCCUGCGCCUGGUGAGCCCAGUUUUGGAGUUCGGCCGAUGCUUUCUUGAUUACCCAUACCACCACACCAUUAAGGUGGCUAAUGACAGCCGUUUGCCAGCAUGUUGUGGUCUGCUUGCUCAGGAAUAUGAUGAACAUCCCCCCGUGCUGUACUCAAGCUCAGAAUCCCGGGGUAUAGUCCGCCCCAACUCUACAUUGAAUAUUCCACUGGUUCUACUGGUCAAGACCGUGGGCAAACUGGACAUUGUGGCAAACAUUGCUAUUUUUGGCAGUGAAGAUUUACCACUUAAGGUACAGUUGGCUUGCAUCGGAGAAGGCCCUGUAGUGCAUGUCAGUUCCAUGGAGGUGGAUUUUGGGAAUAUUCCAGUGCUGAAGGAUGUGUCCAGAACACUAAAACUUUCAAAUCAGUCCCCAAUUGCAGCAAAUUACCGAGCAAAAAUGGUCAGCAGCAGAUCCUUGUGGAGAGUUGAACCCUGUGAAGGUGUGGUGCCACCAAAAGGAGAGACCGAGAUCAGCCUUGUAGCCAAUGUAGAUGACACGGUGCGUUUCCAGGACAAGCUUCACCUUAUUAUUGAAAACAGUCAGACCCACACUAUUCCAGUUGCAGCAAUGGGGACGGGCACCACCAUUGUUUCUGACAAACCGCUUGUUCCAGCAGUAAAUUUGGGCGCUCAUUUCAGGUAA